AUGGUGGACCUCGUGUUGUGUAUAGAUGUCGGCUGCAGCCACACCGGAUAUGCGUUCUCCUCAGCGCGCGAGUUCGAGACCCGGUUAUUAGACAUUCACAUGAACGAGGAGUGGAUGUCUGGGCAUGCAAACCUUCACACUUACAAAGCGCCUAGCAUCGUUCUCCUACAGCCAGACAAGACCCUGGCGGCAUUCGGGUAUGACGCCGAGCGCCGCUACGUGGCGCUGCAGGAGAGCCGCCAGCACGACGCCUGGUUCAUCUUCCGACGCUUCAAGUCAGAACUAAAAAUAAAGCAAUUCCGCAAGGACAGCGUGAUUCUUGAAGACGGUGGAAAAUCCAUGAACGCCAUGGCGCUCUUCAGUCUCGUACUGAAGUACCUGAAGGAGCAUUUCCUCUCGUCACUUCAGGAGAGCGGUCGUUACGGUCCCAUGGAGACGGUAACUAGGGACUACAACAUAAAGUACGUGCUCACCGUGCCGACCAAGUGGGACAAUGCCUCGAGAGAAUGCAUGAAGUUGGCUGCAAAGAAGGCCGGUUUGAGCCCAACGCACCUGUUCUCGGAGAGCGAGGCGGCAGCGCGGUACUUGGGCCUGAUUCCCAUCCGGCCCUCGGAGACCAGCCCGUUCUACCUGCCGAAACCCAACUCCAAACAGGCCAUUGUCAAUCUAGGAGGAUGUGGAAUCGACACCACGAUACAGGAAAUCCUCUUUGACGGGACCAUUCGUGAGAUCUCAAAGAACAUAGGGGCCGGUACCGGUGCCACGCGCGUCGACAGCGACUUCCUGAAGUUCAUCGGCACCCUAUUUCCGGCUGACUUCAUCGAGGCGUAUUCCAAGAAACAUAAACUGGACUUCCUAGAGCUGCAGUAUGAGUUUGAAGUGAAGAAAAAGAAGUUUACCAUGGAGUCGGAGUUGGGUGCGAGUCUGGAACUGCCAGCGUCCAUUAUUAAAUUGUACACCACUCGGUACAAGCAGCCUAUGCAGUACAUGAUUGACGACUCGGAAUACGUGGGUAGGAUCAUUUCCAGAGACGAAUACCUGAUACUCGAUAAGACCGUAAUGAAGGACAUUUUCGGACCGGCUGUGAAAAGUACAGUCGGGUACUUGACCAAUCUGUCACGUGACCCCGAACUCAAACAGUGUGACGCAAUAAUACUCGUAGGGGGAUUCGCAGAUUCUCCGGUGGUCGCCGGUGCAGUCCGGUUUUAUUUCCCGAAUUCAAAUAUGAUAACCGUGGAGGGGGCGGACAUUUGUAAUCUCAUAGGUGGGGUAAUACUGGGGCAUUCCCAAAAUACUGUGAUAAGAAUGACUUCUCGGUAUUCGUAUGGGAUCGGAAUGGCUGUGCCUUUCGACCAUAAUGCUCAUCCUAGACAAAAACUGUUCAUGGCAAAGGACUUACAGUUUUGCUCAGACGUUUUCCGGCCGCAAAUUUUUGGCGGGAAAACGUACGAUAUUGGCGCGUUUUCGACUGCCACAGUAUUAAGACUCAAUCGGUCACAGCAGAAGCGCAUAAGAAUUCCAGUUCAUGUUGCAAGGCUUAACAACGUGAAGUUCACAACUGACAAUACUUGUUCAGUGCUCGGAAAGCUAACUGUUAAUAUAGGUGAUAGUAGUAAUGGCAAGGUCACGGUCAAUGUUCAAAUGGCGUUGCUUGGAGACGAUCUGAUUGUUAUGGCAACGCAAGAUGGGUCAACGGAAACCAGCUCUGCGUCUUUUCCGCUUGUUUGGAAAUAAAACUAAGUGCGUGCGUUUGGCAUUAUUUAAAGUGACAUGUGUGUCAAACAAAUUAGUGGAGUUUACAGAAGCAGCAUUUCCACUGAUUUUUAUAAUUAAUAACUUUUAGUGACCGUUGCAUGUUUAAUGUAUGUACAUGCUUGAUUACAUUAUUAGUAUUCCUUACACAAUAAUUUGAUAUGCCUCUUUCAAUCUUAUUCAUGUCCGUUUCAACAAAUGUAUUAUCUCGUUUAUUAUAGUUUCCAUCAAAUAUUGAUGUGAACACUGAUAUCUGUGAUUACUACUUUGUAUAUACAAGAGUCCGUGUAGCUGACAGAUUAUUGUACAGUGCAGUAUCGGUCAAAAUGUGAUCUUACCGAGCUUAGUGUUCUAAAUUGACUCAAUUUCGUGAUCUUCCUCGACGGCAUUGACAAACUGCUAUUUUGCUUUCACGUUGUCUUCUACGGCUCGAACUGUAUUGCUUCCUAUGGAGUUACUUAAAUAACUGUAUCAUACUCCUACAAAAUAUAGUGUGUGUGGCCUUUUAAUUGAUUUUUUUCUUAUAACCUGGUUAAUUAUUUAACCCAUUAAUGUCUAGCGUCUGGAAAAAAGGCAUUGACAAACAGCAUAGACCCAGAUGAGACACCAUAUGAUGCGGCGUCGCAUCAGGGUCUGCGCUUUUUGCUUAAAGGCAUUUCUGUAAGAAAUAUUCUAAAAAUAGAAACACAUGUACCAUACAUCCCUAAUUUUGGAAAUCAAUCGAUUCAAUUUAGAAGGAUGGGAGAGUCCACUAGACAUAAAUGGGUUAAGAAACGUGCUUCUUUAUAUUGACAUGGUUGACUCAUGUACUUCUUCAUUGUAUAUUU